UGCAGACACGUGGCAGUGCCUGUGGACCGUGUCUUUAUGGAGCCCAGCACAGGGCAGCUUAGGAAACACGACCGUCUGGAGUGUGUGCAGAAGCUCACGCGGAAGGAAAUUAGACUAAGACGUGGUCUCAAUCCGUCUAAAGUUUUGUUAUCUAGGGGGCUUAAAGUUAAGAGUUCUGAGUUGUAACCCCGGGGUCUUGAAUUUAGUAAGUGCUCAAAUAGCAGACGAUUGUCAUGAGGCGUUCCUGCAGUCUGCAGGGGACUCGUCAAAGAAGGCGUGAUCUACAUGAACAGCUUUGAGGAAUUCGUAAAAAAACGGGCCCAGGAUGCUUUGGUCAUCCUGGGGGGUGGAGGACUUCUGUUUGCUUCCUACCUGACAGCUACAGGGGAUGAGCGUUUCUAUGCUGAAUACCUGAUGCCAGCUCUGCAGAGGCUGCUGGACCCAGAGUCAGCCCACAGACUGGCCAUUCACUUUACCUCCCUGGGACUCCUUCCUCGAGCCUCAUUUCAGGACUCUGACAUGCUGGAGGUGAGAGUUCUGGGUCAUAAAUUCCGAAAUCCAGUAGGAAUUGCUGCAGGAUUUGACAAGCAUGGGGAAGCUGUGGAUGGACUUUAUAAAAUGGGCUUUGGGUUUGUUGAGAUUGGAAGUGUGACUCCAAAACCUCAGGAAGGAAACCCCAGACCGAGAGUCUUCCGCCUCCCUGAGGAUGAAGCCAUCAUUAACAGGUACGGGUUUAACAGUCAUGGGCACUCCGCGGUGGAACACAGGUUACAAGCCAGACGGCAGAAGCAGGCCAGGCUCACGGAAGAUGGACUGCCACUGGGAAUAAACCUGGGGAAGAAUAAGACGUCAGUGGAUGCUGCUUCAGACUACGCAGAGGGUGUCCGAGUGCUCGGCCCCUUGGCAGACUACCUGGUAGUGAACGUGUCCAGCCCCAACACGGCUGGGCUGCGGAGCCUUCAGGGAAAGGCCGAGCUGCGCCACCUGCUGACCAAGGUGCUGCAGGAGAGGGAUGCCCUGCAGGCAGCGCAUAGGCCCGCAGUGCUAGUGAAGAUCGCCCCUGACCUCACUGCCCAGGAUAAGGAGGACAUUGCCAGUGUGGUGAGAGAGUUGGGCGUGGAUGGAUUGAUCGUCACGAACACCACAGUGAGCCGCCCUGCCGGCCUCCAGGGUGCCCUGCGCUCUGAAACAGGAGGGCUAAGUGGGAAGCCCCUCCGGGAUUUAUCAACUCAAACCAUUCGGGAGAUGUAUGCGCUCACCCAAGGCAGAAUUCCCAUAAUUGGGGUUGGUGGUGUCAGCAGCGGGCAGGACGCGCUGGAGAAGAUCCGGGCAGGGGCCUCCCUGGUGCAGCUGUACACGGCCCUCACCUACAGGGGGCCGCCCUUGGUCUGCAGAGUCAAGCGGGAACUGGAGGCCCUUCUCAAAGAGCAGGGUUUUGGCAGAGUCACAGAUGCCAUUGGAGCAGAUCAUCAGAGGUGAGGACAUCGUCUGCCAGGAAGCCUGAUUUGGAACCUUCCUGAAAAUGCAGGGGAGCCUUGGUGGCUGGAUAGUGAGAGGAGAGACUGCCUUGCACCAUGUCCCCCAAUCCACGGCCUGGCCUCCCUGUAAAAGGCAAUCCUGGGGUCAUUAGCCUUCACAGCAGGCUUGCUUCAGUCCCUGGGUCAGAUCAUAAACUGCAUUUGUGAUGCUUUCCAGAUUCAAAUCCUAGGAUCCUUCAAUAUUGCAAAGACACUGGAUAUUUGGAGAAAAAAAAAGUCAUGGAAAAAAUAAAGCCAUUUGGAACUUGGAUUUAAACCUCAGCCCUUUCUCCAUUCUCUGCCGGUCCUCCCAGGCCUCUACUACCUGACCUUCAGGGGCAUCCUAGGAACUCAAGUGCCUUUCAUUUGAUCUCUAUUUUUAUUUAUUUUGUUUUUAAAAUUUAACAUUUCAGGUACAGACAACAGUUGCAAGAAUAGUACCAUGAAAAAA